CAACUCCUCACUCCUCAGCCUCAGGUGGACUUCCUCCCCUGUAUUCUAGAGAGAGAAAAUUCAAAAAUCCCAAAUUUCUGCAGAAAAAGAAUUAGGGUUCUUAUUUUGCCUUUUCUUUCUUCUGGAAUUGAUUAGUCUUGCGGAGGGAGUUAAUGCGUUAGUGCUGCAAAUUAACUGCUAAAUUAACUCACAUUUCCUCAAAGAAAAAAAUUCAAAUCAUAUCUUCAGAUGGCUUUCCAGGGCAAGAAACUCAUCAAUGACCCAAACGAUGUUGUUACUGAGUUUAUUGAAGGUUUGGUGGAAACAUAUCCGGGUUUGCAGUAUUUGGAUGGUUUCCCUGAGGUUAAAGUUGUGUUGAGAGCCGACAUCUCAGGUUCAACACAUGACAAAGUUGCAGUGAUAUCAGGAGGUGGAAGUGGGCACGAGCCUGCUCAGGCAGGAUUUGUAGGAGAAGGGAUGCUGACGGCAGCAAUUUGCGGCGACGUUUUUGCCUCCCCACCUACUGACUCCAUUUUAGCUGGCAUUCGAGCAGUGACUGGUCCAAUGGGAUGCCUCCUGAUUGUUACGAAUUAUAUUGGUGAUAGAUUGAACUUUGGCUUGGCAGCUGAGCAAGCAAAAUCUGAAGGCUACAAAGUAGAGAUGGUAAUUGUUGGCGAUGAUUGUGCUUUACCUCCUCCUAGAGGAAUAGCUGGACGAAGGGGUUUGGCUGGGACCGUUUUGGUCCACAAGGUUGCUGGAGCUGCAGCAGCUUCUGGCCUUUCUCUUUCUGCUGUUGCAGCUGAAGCAAAACGUGCAUCAGAAUUUAUUGGCACAAUGGGUGUGGCAUUGUCUGUUUGCACGUUGCCAGGUCAAGUAACAUCAGAUCGUUUAGGCCCUGGAAAAAUGGAGCUUGGUCUUGGAGUCCAUGGAGAACCAGGUGCUGCUGUAGCUGACCUUCAGCCUGUGGAUGUGAUUGUCUCUCAUGUUCUGAAGCAGAUAUUGUCACUGGAGACCAACUAUGUUCCUAUUACACGGGGCAGUCGAGUAGUGCUGUUGAUUAAUGGAUUGGGAGGUACACCUGUUAUGGAAUUGAUGAUUGCAGCUGGGAAAGUGGUACCUAUGUUGCAGCUUGAACAUGGACUGGCUGUUGAGAGGGUGUACACCGGCUCAUUUAUGACUUCUCUUGACAUGGCAGGAUUUUCAAUAACUGUGAUGAAAGCAAAUGAAGAAAUUUUGAACCGCUUGGAUGCACCAACUAAGGCUCCAUGUUGGCCUGUUGGUGUUGUUGGUAAUCGUCCACCUGCCAAGAUUCCUGUUCCCCUUCCACUGUCACUUUCAACAAAGAGUGAUGAGACAUUGAGUCGGCCCGAACAGCUUAGUUCCUAGGGCUAUCUUCUUGAGGCGGCUAUUGAAGCAGGGGCAACAGCACUUAUCAAUCUAAGGGACGGCUUAAACGAAGGGGAUAGCAAAGUGGGUGAUGGAGACUCUGGUUCAACAAUGUUCAGAGGGUACCACUAAGAAUUAACAAGUGUACAGUCAAGCUAUACUAUCGUGUAUGGCAAAACUUGUUGCAAAUUGUGAACAUGUUUAGGGCUCUUAAAUGCCUGUCUAUCAUUCUCGUGGCUGCUGUCAAUUGGCCAAAAAGAAGAAGGGGGCAAAAAAUGACUAUCAUUAGCUUAGGCCUCUAUAAAUCCCUUGCUAGUACGUCCCAAUCCCAUGCACUUUCUCAUUAGCCAGAUCUGGAAGAGUCGAAGAUGCUUUUUCUCAUGGUCUUUAGAAGGAAAGUAUUGAAAUGGUGAUGUAGCCCGUCAUAGCAACCCACAAUGGAAUUUGGUCCUGGAGAAAUGGUUGUCUUCGACGUUCAUCAGCAUAAGCCAAUGAUGAUUUGCGAUGAGAGGUAUUAGCAGCAACAGGGAGGACAGCACCAGUAUCUUAUAGAUUUGGACCAAUUGGUGACGCAUGCAUGGCCAAGUUAAAGUAAAGUGCGUUCCAAGCACUUUGACAAAGUUGUGAAGGAUACCACCCAGUAUCAUUGAGCGAAUGGUUAAAAAUAUCUAACCAGCUGCUCUGGUCGCUUGGGUGUAGGUUAAACAGGGCCUUAUUCUUAAUUACACGCUCGCAUGUCAUAAUGGUGUAACUGUCAACUCAAAACAGCUUAUCCACAUCCUCUGAAAGUUUGUUGGAAAGAAAUUAGUAUUGCCAUCUUGUCCUUUGGUUUGGUGCCAACUGCCUAGUGGUAAAAAAGGAUAAAAGUUAGUUUGGUGGUUGGUUUUUCCCUUUUUCCUUUAUAAAGUACGAAUAUGUUGUCAUAAA